UAGCAAAAGUUACCAUGUCUUCGCUUCCCGACAUGCCGACCAUUGAACUGGACACCAAUCUGCCCACCAGGCGCCUGCCUGCGGGGCUGGAGAAGCGGCUAUGCCAGGCAGCUGCCACCAUCCUGAACAAACCCGAGAAUUACAUAAACGUGAUCGUGAGGCCAGGCCUGACCAUGCUGCAUCUCAGCUCUGAGGAGCCCUGUGUCCAGCUGUGCAUCAGGGCCUUGGGUGUGGUGGGCACUGCUGAGCAGAACCGCAGCCACAGCGCCCGAUUCUUUGAGUUCCUCUGCAAGGAGUUGGUCUUGGGUCAGGACAGGGGCGCAAGGAUACUUAUCCGGUUUUGUCCUCUGGAGCCUUGGCAAGUUGGCAAGCAAGGGACAGUCAUGACGUUUUUAUGAUUGUCAUGGAGAGACACAAGGACGUACUGAGUUGGCUGCCUUUUCUGGAAAGUUGGAUCACCUUCCCCCUCCCACCCCCGAGGCAGACAGGCCUGUGAUGCCCUCCCUCCUCCUCAUGCUAAAUAAAUCAGGAGACUUCCAUCAUUCCAAU